GUAAAAUGUUAAUACUCAUAAAUUCAUGAUUGAAAAUCAACGAAAAUGCAUCCGAAUAUUGGAUUUUUUAUAAUAUUUACGUUUUAUAUAAAUUAUUGUGAUUGUAGAAAGUAUUAUAAUUAUACAUUGUAUAGAGGUAUUCCAGUCGAAGAUGCCCAUUUGAAAUUUUUCAUGAAUUUGACGAAGAUGUACGAUGUAAAUUUCUGGAGGGAACCUGGAUUAUUGUAUAAGCCUGUGGAUUUUGUGGUCAGUCCUGAGGUCAAACCAGUCUUUUUGAAGGAAGCCAACAACCUUGGAUUGUAUUUGACCACUAUGAUUGUAGAUGUUCAGAAGGCCUUUGACAUGCAGACAGUAAAAACUUACAUCAGAAGAAAGAUGGAUUCCUUUGACUGGUACAGUUAUUAUCGAACUGAAGACAUAUACCAGUGGCUUAGAGACCUGGCCAAGGCUCAUCCUUCGGAAAUGGAACUUCACAGCAUCGGGAGAACCUAUGAGAACAGAGAUAUAAUGUCUGUAAGGAUCCUGUUAAAAGGGUCUAAGAAUAGAUCUAGAGUCAUCGUUGAAGGUGGUAUCCACGCCAGAGAGUGGAUAGCUCCGGCUUUCGUCACAUAUUUUAUCCAUCAGAUUAUAAAAGCUCCUAGUUCAAAUAAUAUGGUACUCAAGGAAAUAGCAUUGACGUACGAGUGGUUCUUUAUACCAAUUCUGAACCCUGAUGGAUAUGAGUUCAGUCAUGUAGAGGAUCGACUAUGGAGAAAAAAUCGCCAUGACGGGAGAUUCGGAGUUGAUUUGAAUCGCAACUUCGACCAUGCUUUUGGGACUGUGGGUGUUAAAUUCAACAAGCAGUCGGAAAUAUACUGUGGGCCAUAUGCAUUUUCUGAAAGGGAAUCCAACUCGAUGGCUAACUUCAUUAUGUCAAAGAGAGAGGCCCUUGAAUAUUACUUUGCAUUUCACUCAUAUGGGCAGUAUAUGAUCAUACCUUAUGCCAAUAAUAAGUAUCACGAGGAUAAUUUUGAUGAAGUGAAAAAUAUGUGCAACGAUGCCAAAACGAAAAUUGCUCAAAGGUUUAACACUCAAUACACUGUUGGAACUGCCUACGAUACCGUUGGCUAUGUGACAUCAGGCGUAAGCGGUUGUUGGGUCAAAAGGAGAUUGAGGGUGCCCUAUGUGGUCACGUUUGAAUUAAGGGACAAUGGCUUUCACGGCUUUGCUUUGCCUCCCAAUAAAAUCCUUCCGACUUGUCAAGAAACUAUGGAUGGUGUUUUAUCUCUUCUGAGUCCCAGAAGAGACAAAUUCACAGAGCUACGAGUUACGGACUCAGCUAGACCGGCGUUUGUUAUGGACAAGAUUGUAAUAUUUUUUAAUACGUUUUUAUUUAUUAUAGUUUGGUUUGAUUGAA